UCCCCACACUGCCACCUAUCAGCAGGCCUGAUCUGGAGUUUGACCCCCACAAGUUGGCCAGAAAAUAUGUUUACUUCUCUCAAAAUAGGAAAUCCAACUGCCAACGUGAAAACAGACCCACCCAUUUUAACACACACAUAAAGUGUCCAGUUAACAAAAGUCUAUAUACAUAGUUGGGCAAAAGGAGGAAGUCCAUCUCAGACAGACACGCCGUAUCCUUAAGAAGGAAGUCAAAUAACAAGCCUGCAGGUCUUAACUGGGAAAAAGAUGGGAAACGAGCAGUCAGUAAACAUAGAAGAGCUAUCCAAGAAUGGGACAAUUCCUGAAAAGCAUGAGAAUGGAACCGUGAAUGGCAUCUCUAUAGAAGUCACGUCUGGCGGACUGGAGAUUAAUGGUAAAAGUGAAACUACAGUCUGCCAAAAUGGCAAGGUCCACUCUUUAAACUCUGCCAUACAAUCAACUGAUGUGAUCGGCAAAUCAGAGUGUCAACCUGAUAUUGUCCAAGCUGUUUCUGAAGUUCCUGACGCCAACAUCCAAGAUGUUUCUGAAGCCCCUGACGCCAAAAUCCAAGCUGUUUCUGAAGUUCCUGACACCAACACCCAGAAGGAAGAGGUCAAGAAAAGCAAAGGAGAAAAAGGUCGUCAUCAUUUUGGCAAACUGUUCAAAAAGAAAUCAGAACCUAAAGCUGAAGCUGAGACUGUUGAAGAAAAAGAAAAAGAGACACAGAGUGAAGAUCAAACGGAUGUAAGUGUUCCUCCCACUGAGCCACAGCAGGAGACGGCUAACCUAAACCAAGAGCCUGAAUCAUUAAAGGAGCCAGAGAGGGUGACUCCAGUCUCCAGUCCCAAGGAAGAAAACGUUCCUGAAACUGACAACGGAGACAGUGAGGCCGUGGAAAGCAAAGAGGAGAGUAACCCAGAAGAGAAUCCAGUUAUGAACUUCUUCAAAACCCUAGUGACCCCUACUAAAACGUCCAAAAAGGAAACGGCUACUCCCGAUGCCGCAAAAGAUAAGUCCCAGAAGGAGACCCAACCAGCGGCAACCACUACUGUUGCACAAAUAUCUGAACCGCCUGCAGCACCGAAAGGAAUGUCCGUCCCACCACCCCCACCUCCAGAGCCACCGAAAAUGGAAAUCAAAGGAGAGCCAACUGCCAAACCUGUAAAGGCCUCGGCGAAAGAAGAACCUAAAGCUGCUGGAAAGGAGCCUGUGUCCUCGAAAGGAAAAUCAGCCAAAGAUACUCUGAGCAAAUUAUUCCGCCAGAAGGAGACACCAGUGGAGGUGCCAGCGCCUGUUGUAGAAGUGCAGAUUCAAAAUGAGGUUGAACCUCAGGAGGCAGCAGCAGUGGGGGAAGAGCCCGUUGUAGAAGUGCAGAAGGUGGAUUCCUCAAAAGCUGACACCCAGGAGGCUGCUGCAAAACCAGAGCCACCACCACCUGCUCAGGAAGAGAAGAAAAGCGCCUCAAAAUCACCAUUCCUUUCUUUCUUCAAGCCCCAAGCUGCUGAGCCCAACAAGGUGACCCCGACCCCACCUGCAGCAGCGGAGGCAGCUCAAGCAGUUAAAGCCAAGGAGGAACCUAAAGUGGCAGCCAAGUCUUCAGAGCAAGCUGCAGAUAACAAACCAGCCUCUGUGCCUUCCCAAGCUGGCGAUGAUGCAGCCAGUGUGCCCAAAAAACUGGAAAAGAGGAACUCCAUUCAGCUAUUCUUUAAAAAUCUGACUCAGAAACGUCCUUCUACAGACGCCGGAGUCCAGACAGAGCCACUGACCGCUGCUCAAGGAGCUGAGAAAGCCAAAUGAGACCAGAAGCAACCCUUACGUUUUCCUGUACAGUCUCCUUCCCUCCUUCUCACUUGUACUCAGUCCUUCUUUUUCUCUCUUAUCGCCUUCUUGAAUCCCCUGAGUUACUUUGACUACUUUGUUUUUUAAUUGUUACUGCUUAAAAGUCACGAUAUCAAAGGUAAGGUUUUGGAAGAGUAAAGGAAAGUGGACAGAACAGUUAGCAGGGAGUUGAACUUGUGGAGAUUUAAAAUGGUCAAAGGUUGUUUGGACAUAUUUUUUUGUCACAUAAAUGUCUUGUCAGCAAUGUGACAUUUUCUACAGACAUUUAAAAUGACUUUUCUCUGUUUUGCAAUCUAACAUACUGGGCUUAUGCAAUAUAUAGUGCCAUGCUUUGCCUUGAACAACUAUUUUGUGUUAAAUCAAUAAAACUCAAUGUCAUAUAGGUUCUAUUUUUACACUUCACACCAGAGAAUUCACACAGUUCAGGUAAUGCAGUGGUUAACAUGAAGUACGUAGAUAUGAGUCAUAGAAAUGCUCUUAAUGGAGCUGGUCUAAGGAGUAUUAAAGUUUAUAUAGCAGAGUGUGCUUACAGAUUUUUGAACUCUAUGCAAGUUAUAUGUGGACUAAAACAAAAAGCUAUCUUUUAGCUUUAAUGGGACAUCACAAUCUCUACUGAUCUUUGGGGAACUGAUUGUAAAUACUCAACAAAUGCUUAAAAAUGCAUCCGAGGUAUUGAAAUGGUGUCUUUGUGCAAAUGUCUCCUUGUGAUAAGCUCUGCAUUACUCAUAAAUCACAACCGAGAAGCUUUUAUUUUGAUUUUAGCACUUUGUCUCGUGUCAACUAACAAGUCUUCCGGUGUAAGUAAACUGUGUCAGGCGUAUGUGCAAUUAAUGUGACGCUUUAGUUUGUCGUUAUGUAGUGUGCAUGUGAAACUUGAGCUAUUCUGAAGACAAUAAAUGCAAAUAAAUAUACCACA